AUGGCGGAUCACGAGGUCAGUGCCGCAGAAGCCUCCUCGAAACCACACCUUCCUUCAGCAGGCACCAGCCUCGUAGACCCUACACCUACUCCUGCUGCUCAUUCAACACAAGUGUCAGGAGAAGCCGACCAACAGGUACAAGCCGCCGAUCAGGAGGACCAAAGUGCUCAACAGGCCCACGCAACUGAAGCAGAGCCAGUGUCAAAAGACCAGAAGCUGCCACUACCAGCGUCAGAAGAAAUCUCAUUGGGCGAAUCAAAGCCUUCAGAGACCGAACAGAACAACACUACCGUAGACCUACCAGCGAUCGGCAUUCCGGAAGCUUCCGAGAGCACUGCUGUAGAUGGUACCGCUCCCAGUUCAGAUCGCCAAGUAGGAGCAGAGGCAAACGGAGCCGCCGCAGCUCAUCACAAUGCCAGCAACGGAGCAGCCGACAAUGAGGCUGUUGCUGAGCAGUCACCAAGCAACGCGACCGUCACCACACAGCCACCGGAGUCUCCUACAAAAGAACCAUUACCCCAGCAGGAAACACGUCAGACUAUCCUCCCCAACGCCCAAGCAGCUGCAGAUGAAAGCGCAGAUCAACCUUCACCGCUCCCAUCUGCCGAAGCAUCGAGUUCGCGAGUCAGCAUGGCUAAAUCCCGUCGAUCCUCCUCUGUCUCAACGACAGCAACAGCCGCCACUACAGUCCACUCUCGAUCUAGUCUCAAGAGUCUCAACAAGGGUAGUGCUGUCUUUGUUAUCUCGGCACUCGAGACGCUCGCCAGCUCGAAGGAGGCCAGAAAGGAUAAGGCGCUCAAAGAGGCAGCUAAUACCGCGCUUGACAUGGUUAAAGCCGCAGCUGCGUUUACAACAUCAUCACAGUCAGCCGAACAGCAUCAGCCUCUCCUCGAUCCACGCGUCGUCUUUGAGCCUCUCCGAUUGGCAUGCAGGACGCGCAGCAACAACCUCACCAUCACCAGUCUCGACUGCAUCGGCAAGCUUGUCAGCUAUGCUUUCUUCGCCGAGGAUGAUCCGACUGCUGUCGCCAGUGCAAUUGUCGCUGCUGGUCAGCCGCCACAGACGCUUGCCGACUUGGUCACCGAGACGGUUUGCGACUGCUACCACGAGAACUUGGACGACAAGGUUGCGCUGCAGAUCAUCAAGGCUCUUCUCGCUUCCAUAUUGUCGACCGUAGUGCACGUCCACCAGUCCAGUCUGCUCAAGGCGGUGCGUACGGUCUACAACAUCUUCCUCAUGAGCAAGUCUCCCGCCAAUCAGGCAAUUGCUCAAGGAAGUCUUACGCAGAUGGUCCAUCACGUCUUUGCACGCCUCCCUCGCAGCGGCUUUUCUGGCUUUGGCAUGCCUUCGACCUCCAACAGCACAACUGACGUCACACAAACGCAUUCACGUUCCAACGGCAAUAGCAACCGCAAGGGGUCAGAAGAAGAGGCAGCAGACACACGCCAGGAUCACAAUUGCAACGCAGCAAACGGUUCGAAUGCCGGCGCGGGCCAAGUUGAAAAGAUCACACUUCAGACGCUCGAGAACCGCAAAUCCUUCGAAGGUGCAUCGGAACGCGACAAUGCUGGCAGUCUUGCUAACAUGAGCACUGCCGAGCUCUUUGUCAAAGACGCCUUCUUGGUCCUUCGAGCACUCUGCAAGCUCACGAUGAAGCCCCUUGGUGCCGAAAGUGAGCGUGACCUCAAAUCACACGCCAUGCGAUCAAAGCUUCUCUCGCUUCACCUCAUCCUCACCAUCCUCCAGUCGCACACGGCCAUCUUCACCGACCCCAGCGUCAUCAUUCACAGCACCACCACGGGAGAACAGACACAAUUCGUUCAGGCAGUCAAGCAGUACCUCUGCCUCAGUCUAAGCCGAAAUGCCGUUAGCAGCGUCAAUCAGGUCUUUGAAGUUAGUUGCGAGAUCUUCUGGCUUGUUCUCGACGGAAUGCGCACCAAACUCAAGAAAGAAAUCGAGGUGUUGCUCAACGAGAUCUUCCUGCCCAUCUUGGAGAUGCGCACUUCGACAGCGAAGCAAAAGUCGAUUCUGUUGGGUGUCAUGAUCAGACUCUGUCAGGACCCGCAAGCGUUGGUGGAGAUCUACUUGAACUACGAUUGCGACAGGACAGCGUUGGACAAUAUCUACGAGCGUUUGAUGAAUGUCAUCUCCAAGAUCUCGCAGGCGCAUGUUUCGGCGAGCGCGGAUGGCAAGGAUGGUGCCUCGUCUGGUGGGUCAUCUUCUGGCUCGGCGAUGCCCAAGACGAGCGGAUCUGGAUCUGCCAUCCCGCCUACACUCAGCACUGCUACGUCGAGUGAGAUCGGCUCUCAGGACUCGGCGCUCAAUUCGUCUGUUGCCAAUCAGUCGGUGGAAGCAAGAUUGAAGCGACAGAGUCUGGACUGCUUGUGCUCGGUAUUGCGCUCCCUUGUUGCAUGGUCCAGCCGGGCGUCGGUUGCAACUGACCCGCAGGGACAGGUUCUCAGCAAUCAUCCAGGCGACAACACUGGCUCGCCUCGUGCAAGCGAGGACAUCCGCAUCGGCAAUGAGACCAUCACUGUCGACAGCGAGAAUCUCAUGGACUCCAGCGGUCACCCAAGCCCCGCCAUGGGCACUCAGGGCUCCUCGCUCACCCUUGGUUCUCACACGGGCUCGGAGAUCACACGCGGCCACACUCCCGAGCCCCAAGAUGACCCCAGUCGCUUCGAAAACGCCAAGCAACGCAAGACGGUCCUCCUCGAAGGCAUUCGCAAAUUCAACUUCAAGCCAAAACGCGGUAUCGACGAUCUCGUCAAGAACGGCUUCAUCCCUUCUCGUGAGCCUGCCGACAUUGCCCGUUUCCUUCUUUACGCCGAUGGUCUCAGCAAAGUCCAGAUCGGCGAGUUCCUCGGCGAAGGAACACCAGAAAGCAAUGCUAUCAUGCACGCCUUUGUCGAUAUGAUGAACUUUGAAAGUCUCGGCUUCACCGACGCACUCCGUCGAUUCCUCCAAGCCUUCCGUUUGCCAGGAGAAUCGCAAAAGAUCGAUCGAUACAUGCUCAAGUUCGCCGAGCGCUUCGUGCACGGCAACCCGAACGCAUUCGCCAAUGCAGACACUGCGUAUGUUUUCGCGUACUCAGUGAUCAUGUUGAAUACCGAUGCGCAUAAUAAGCAGGUGAAGCAUAGGAUGACCUUGCAGGAUUUCAUCAAGAACAACUCCGGAAUCGAUGACGGGCAGAGUUUGCCAGAGGAGUAUCUAAAGUCGGUUUAUGAUGAGAUUCAGAACAAUGAGAUUAAGAUGAAGGAUGAGGUUCCUGCUCCUGCGCCUGUCACGCCGUCGUCCGGCCUGGCCAACGCUAUCGCGACCGUCGGAAGGGACCUGCAACGUGAAGCAUACGUGCUUCAGUCGGAGGGAAUGGCGAACAAGACCGAAGCUCUGUUCAGGACAAUGGUUCGCGCUCAACGUCGUAUCGAUCCUCAACAGAGGGCUGCAGCGGAACAGUUCUUCUCCGCAUCCCACUUUGAGCACGUCAAACCUAUGUUUGAGGUCGCCUGGAUGCCUUUCCUCGCCGGCAUCUCCGGUCCGUUGCAAGAAUCCGAUGAUGCCGAAGUGGUAGAGAAGUGCUUAGAAGGGUUCCGGGACGCGAUUAAGAUCGUUUCGCUCUUCGGACUGGAGUUGGAGCGGAAUGCUUUCGUGACGACCCUGGCCAAAUUCACUUUCCUCAACAACUUGGGCGAGAUGAAGAGCAAGAACGUUGAAGCGAUCAAGACUUUGCUCGGUGUAGCGCAUAGUGAGGGCAACUAUCUCAAGGGUAGCUGGAGAGAGGUGCUCACCUGUGUUAGCCAGCUGGAGAGAUUCCAGCUUAUCGGUGGUGGUAUGGAUGGUCGACAGCUUCCUGAUCUUGGCAGGCGAGGAACCGUUUCCGGAGGCAAUGCAGCUGGAGCAAAUGGCAACAGAGCCAGACAGCCUUCUCUGCCGAACAGCGAAGUGGUGCAAGCUGGGGCGUCGUUCGAAGUCACGGUUGCUGCGGAUAUGGUCUUUUCCUCCAGCGCCUCCCUUUCAGGCACGGCGAUUGUGGACUUUGUGCAAGCCCUCUCCGAUGUAUCAUGGGAAGAGAUUCAGUCUUCAGGUCUCACCGAGCACCCACGCAUGUUCUCACUGCAAAAGUUGGUCGAGAUCUCGUACUACAACAUGGGUCGUAUCCGCAUGGAAUGGUCAAACAUCUGGGCCAUCUUAGGAGAGCACUUCAACAUGGUUUGCUGUCACCCCAAUGUCCACGUCUCUGCCUUUGGUCUUGACUCGCUCCGUCAACUUGCUAUGCGGUUCUUGGAGAAGGAAGAGUUGCCGCACUUCAAGUUCCAGAAGGACUUCCUUAAGCCGUUCGAGAUCACCAUGCAGAGAAACCGCAACCUGGAGGCGAAAGAGAUGGUCCUGCAGUGCUUGGAGCAGAUGAUCCAGUCACGUGCUGACAACGUUCGUUCCGGAUGGAGGACCAUGUUUGGCGUGUUCGGCGCUGCGUCUGUUGCUCCUUCUGAACGCGUGUCCACUUAUGCGUUCGAUCUGGUCCGUCACUUGAACGCCAAGCAUCUGGGCGCUAUCAUUGUCAACGGCUCUUUCGCGGACCUUUGCAUCUGCGCUACCCACUUCGCCAAAGCCAACAAGCAAAAGAUCAGCCUUCAAACAACCGAACUCCUCCGCGGCCUCGUAGCCUCAAUGCUCAACGCCAAAGAGUGCCCCAUCGAAGAAGGUGGUGACCCUGGCCCAGCCGUCAGAACACCCAUGUCCGAUGAUCCUAUGGUUCGAUUCUGGUUCCCAGUGCUUUUCGCAUUCCACGACAUCAUCAUGACGGGCGACGACCUCGAAGUGCGCCGAGUAGCACUCGACAGUCUCUUCUCCAUCCUCAAACAAUACGGUCGAUCCUUCCGAUCUGAUUUCUGGGAUACAGUCUGUCAAGAAAUCCUCUUUCCCAUCUUUGCUGUCCUCCGAUCCCGUCAAGACGUCACACGGUUCUCUUCGCACGAAGACAUGUCUGUUUGGCUAAGCACAACGCUCAUUCAAGCCCUGCGCAACCUGGUGGACUUGUGGACGUAUUACUUUGAUAUUCUGGAGAGGUUGUUGCCUGGUUUGUUGGAUCUGCUGUGCGCAUGUAUCUGUCAGGAAAAUGAUACAUUGGCCAGGAUUGGAACGAGCUGUUUGCAAGGAUUGUUGCAAAAGAAUGUGAGCAAGUUGACCUUGGAAAAGUGGGGGUUGGUGGUGGAUACGUUUUUACAGUUGUUUAGGACUACUACGGCGCAUCAGCUUUUUGAGCCGGCGUUGAGGAUGGAUGGUGCAUUGGCAGAGUCGCCGGCGAAUGGAGUGGCUAUGCCGAAUCCGCUUUCGCCUGGUCCAGAAACGCAAGCCCUGCCCGAGGCGGGAAGUGAAGGUGAGGCGGAGAAGCAAAAAGUUCGACAGCAACCAAUGUCAGGUUCGGAACGCAGAAGAGCGUUCAAGCAGAUCAUCGUCAAAUGCGUUCUGCAGCUGCUUCUUAUUGAGACUACGCACGAGUUGCUGCAGAACGAGCAAGUAUACCGAACCAUGCCCGCUGCUCAGCUUCUACGACUUACUGGAGUACUCGAAGACUCGUAUUUGUUCUCGAAACGGUUUAAUGCGGAUAAAGACCUCCGUGUAGCGCUCUGGAAAGUCGGAUUUAUGAAACAGCUACCCAACCUUCUCAAACAAGAGUCCUCAUCCGCUGCAACUCUGGUCCACAUCUUGGUUCGCAUGCACGGCGAUACGCGAGCCGAACACGUCGCUCUUCAAUCGCAAAUCCGGGAGAAACUCGUUCCACUCGGGCACGAGAUCGUCUGUGGCUUUUUGCCACUCGAACCGGAAACUCAGGCGAGGAACAUUGCUGCUUGGAGCCCCGUUGUCGCGGAGAUCUUUACUGGUAUUUGCACCUUCGACCAAGGUGAAGGAGAGCAAGCGUUUACGCAGCAUAGUGCGGCCUUCUAUGCGUUGGCGGUGGAUCUGUUGAGCAAGGAUCCUUUGCCGGGCGAAAUUGCGGAGGCGUUGAGAGCGUUCUUAUUCAAAGUGGGCGUGACGAGAGGAAUGAUUGAUCCGAAGAAGGAAGAGGAGAGGAGGAGAAAGAUUGUUGACGGGAAGGAAAAGGAGAAGUUACUUGGAGAAGGAAUGAGAAGGUUGAGUGGUCAAGGUGCUGCGGCGGUGCGGGGGCAGGGUCAGGGUUAG